AAAAUAUUAUAUAUCAAGCUUAGCAUAUUGCACGAUCUCAUAUCAUUUUCAUCGACCAUUUAGCAUUUCCACCAAGUAAUCGUGAAUUUUACAACGUUGAUCUUUUAGAGACAGUUAUAAUUUGGUGAGACACGAAAUACAUAAUCUACAUAUCCGUGCUUAAACCCUAUGAAAUACGAACUCCAGAAGAACAUUCAGGGCUUCGCUUCCCGCUUUUCUGCAGUUCAUGAGGAAUCUAAGUAGGUUUUGAAGAACACAACAAUGGCGGAGUUGGAAACAAAACCAGAAGGAAAACACAGAAAGAAGAAGAGAAAGCUAAGCAAUACUGAAACGGAUAAACGGGGUUCAGAAGCUUCUCGUCUGGAGAAAGAGAACGAAUUGAAUGAAGAAGGGCGAAAAGAAUCGAAUCUUAAUACCAAACAAGGUGGAUCGUGGAAGAACCUGGACUUGAUUUUAUUUCUUCAAAACAAAGAACUCGAGGUUCAAAGGAAAGUAGAAUUUGCUUUCCAGUUCGUCAAUUCAAGAAUCAAUAGUCAAGGGGAUGGCGCCAACGGUUGUUCCGAAAUGGUGAGCAUUUCACGCCUAAUUGUGUUCCUUAGCGAAUGGAUUCAGUCAGUAUUGAUUUCUUCAGACAAGAAAAUUAUGGUUGAGGGGAAGAAACCUCAUUCUGGAGUCAUGGAAGCUUGUUUGGAUUCCAGAUGUUGGGUCAUUUUCAAGUUCUGCUUGGAGGAAUCUGCAAAGUUGCACAUAUCCCUGAGUUUCUUACCGAAUUUGUUGGGGGCAAUUUCUUGCGUUGCAGUGGAUGCGUUGUCAGUAGUUCGUGACAUGGCACAACAAGAAAAGGAAUUGGUUUUUAUUGGUGAAGGCUUUGAACUAUAUAGUCUUGUUGCAGAUUGCGUUUCCUUGCUAUUCUCCUCCUGUGGCAGGGUUUUCCAUGCCAGUAUAGAGCCGUGGCCUUCAAUUGUUAUGUCAAUGAUUGAUAUUGUUCAAGAGAUCUACUCCAGAAAACUUGCUAGUAGCAAUGUGGGCUUUAUUCUACUUCGCCUCUCAUGCUUGGUGCUGGACCUUUUCACCAGCUUUUUGAGUGUUAGAGUCCUCCCAAAUCCAAAAAAUGUUUUCCGUGUCUUCAUCAAAAGACUUCUAGAGCCACUAAUGAGUUUGUUCGUAAUGUUAGAUCUUCAGACUGAUGACACUAAUUCUGUAUGGACAGGAAACCUAUUGAAGAUUGUCAAAGAUAUAUUGUCCAAUGGAUUAUUCCAUGCGGCCCACAUGGAUGGCUUUCUUAGCACACGGAGUACGGAGAACUAUAUAGAGUCGCAUAGCAUAAAAAUAAAAGCUAUGGAAAAGAAAGACAUGAAAGCCGUUGCAAGAAGCUAUCACAGACAUUUUUUUGAGAAACUUGAAACUAUUAUGGCUGAGAAGAAGAUGUCGGCAUUGGGUGGCCUUGGAGAGCUGUUUCACUUGAUUGUCAUAAGAGUAAAGAAGCAAAAAGGAGUCUCAGUGUUUUCUGAAGGUAGUAAUGACACGAUAGGCAUAACAGGGGUUCCAAGACAUUUAGAAGGUUAUAAUAAGGACUUUAGAUCCAGAAAUUCUGUUGGGAGUAGUAAUACAGUCAUAGCGAAGACAAAUCUUUCAAGUAGGUUGGAUGCAGAAACAAGUAAAUCGCUAUUUGACCUCUUUGUACGGUUCAUGGAACCUUUGGUGCUUGAUCUUGAAAGGCAUUCUAAAAAUACUUUGGAAGCAGGCCCCAUGUUGCUAGAUGCCUACUGCACCCUCAGAUCAGCCAAUAAGAUACUUUAUGUCUUUAUGCAUGAAAGAGUGUAUGUCCGAACAGAGGAUACAUCUGAAGGAGCAUGUCUUAACUUCUUGAAGGAGGUCUACAGUACAAUUAUAUCGUUUUCUGCCCAAAUUCAUCAAUUCUGGUUGGAAUCAAAGAUAUAUGAGGGAAGAGAUAUGGAGAUGCCAAUUUUAAUAGCAAAGGAGAUUAUUUCUGUUCUUUCAUAUUUGUUGGAAAUUGAAUAUGAGGUUACUGGUAAUGAUCUUGUAAGCUUAUGGCUUAUGAUGCUUUCCUUCUCAGCUAUUGAGCUAUCUUUAAUAGAUACACCAUAUCAAUGUGGAUUAAUUUCGGAUAUUCAACACUUUGGAUGCCAGUUGAUUCAUAUUUACAGUGAGCUUCGGCAGGUUCAUGUCCCCCUUUUUGCAUUAUGUAAAGCAGUGAGAGUCUGGGGAAACAGUAGGAACGACGGUUUUUCAAGAUUUGUCUUCUUCCCCACACUUUCUUUGCCCUCUGAAACAUGUGUGGAAUCGGUGGUAAUGCUAGUAUGCUCACAAAACUUUAGGAUUUCCAUUUCUAAUGCUGUCAAAUCUACACCGGAAGGGCAAGUCAGUGGAUGCAUUAAGCAGUUACAAACGGAUAUUUCAGAAUCAUUGGAAUUGAUUAAAGUUUGUAUUUUGAGGGCUAGUGGACAGGAAUCUGGAGAGUCAGAAAUGCCAAGUUGCAGCAUGUCUCUGCAUCCACACACUGAACUUUUAGGAGGGGUUUUGUCUGAAAUAUACACACUUGUAUUAGAUUCUUCCACUGUCACCAUGGGGAAUAGUAUUCUUGUUGGUAGCUCUGUAAAAGACAUAAUGACUAUAAUACGUCCAACCUUAUCUUAUUUAGCUGGAGAGCAGCCAGUUAGUGUGCAUGAGUUCCUUUUUUCUGUUACGGGGAAAACAUUUUCCAAUGAUGAGAUGCACCAAUGCAGAAAUGAUUUGCCAACAUUGCCCUACAGUGUUUCCUGGAUAUUAUUGUUUUCCUUUCGCUUGUAUAUUUCAUGUCGAAGCUUGUUCAAGCAAACAAUUAGUCUCAUGCCUCCAAAUUCCUCAAAAAAGAUGUCAGCCACAAUGGGGGAUUUAUUUACAGCAUGUUGUGGAAAGGAUUGGAUAGACAGGAAUGACUGGAUGGACGAAGGCUAUUUUUCUUGUGUUAUUAAAUCUUCAACUUCUCUUCUGACUAUUAUACAAUCUGUUUCAGAUGUUUUCCUUCAGGAAAGUGGCAUUGGAUGUGCACCUCUUAUUUAUGUAAUGCAUGCCAUGUCUUUCCAGAGGCUUGUUGAUUUGAAUAGGCAGAUAAAAGCUGUUGAGUUCCUGCAGGAGAGGGCUGCAAAGUUAGAAAAAACGAAGUCAAUGGAUGAUGAUGGCUCAUGUCUGUCACUAAAAGAAAGCAAAAAAUGGAAAAGGUGCAUCUCUGUUCUUAGGGAAGAGUCAGCUGGUCUUACUAGUUUCCUGAUGAGCUACCUCUCAUUAAUUGCGAAAAAGGUGUCUUUCUCCCCAAGUAAAUAUGUAACUUGUGAAUCAAAAGAAGCAGAGGGUAUGUGGGAAGAUAAUGAAUGGGAUCUUUGUGUCUCUUCUGUAAACGAAAAGUCAUUGCCUACUGCAAUUUGGUGGAUUCUUUGCCAAAAUACUGAUAUCUGGUGCAUUCAUGCUUCUAAGAAGAAGACGAAGAAGUUCUUGUUGCUUUUGUUCUAUAACUUUUUGUCAUCUGUAAGAAGUAAUUCAACGGAUAUUGAAAAGCAGAAUAUGGACAAAACUCUUCAUCCCAGGACAGUCACCAUGCAGCAAAUCUCUCUUAAACUUCUCAGAGAUAAUGUUCUCUAUGAACAAACAAUUCUUUGCAGGCAUCUAACAUCAAGAUUUUGCCGCACUCUAGAGAAGUCAAUAUCACCAUUCUUAAUCUGCACUUCCUUCAAGUCUUUUGAUUUUAAUUUGCCACCUGAUUGGGGCACAGAUGUGUCUAUGCUCGAGAACUUAAAUAGCACACAUGGUAUGCAUGAUGGUUCCUCAUUAUCUGAACCAGAUUCCUUUCAAUCUUGUUUGUCUAUAGAACACCACAAUGGGGAAAAAGCCUCUUCUUUAACUAGCAUGGAACUUACAGCUUGCCAAAAUUUGCUUGAUCUCUUAUGCUGGAUGCCAAAAUGUCAUGCAAAUUCAAGAUCCUUAUUGAUAUACGCAACCUAUAUUCUCAACCUCGAAAAGUUUGUGAUUUGCAGCUUAUUAAAUGUUCAGGGAAAGUUAUUCCUGAACAGUUGCUAUGAGCUUUUCAGGUUGUUCUUAUCCUGCCGGAGGGCCUUGAAAUACUUAGUAAUGGUAUCUUGUGAGGAGACAAUAGGAGCACAAGAAUCCUCACUUGUUUCAAUACUAUUUGAUAGUUCCUUUUCUGUUAUAUGGCUUUUAAAGUCUGUCUCUGCAAUUGGUGGAUUCUCGUAUUCAUUAUUGGGAGAGCAGGCUAGCCAAAUGAAAGAUAUAUUCUUCUCAUUGAUGGAUCAUACAUCAUAUGUAUUUCUGACAUUAAUCAAACAUCAAUCUGGUCUUGCAAUUGGCUCCCUAACAUACGAAAGGCCUCAACUGAAAUUACCCAAUUUUGUUUUGCUUAGAGAACAGAAUAAUAUAAUUGAAGCUGAGCCUAGUGAUGAUUUCUCCAAACAGUUUGAUACCUGGAAGGUUGUGAUACUUGUGGCAAAGGCUCUGAAGGAACAAACCAAAAGCGUGCUUGAUGCUCUAAAAAAUAAUAGUUGUAACACGAAAUUAGAAGCUGGUGUCAGUGUUGCGGAUUUGAAUAAAUUAUCUUCUACAGUUUCUUGCUUCCAAGGAUUUUUGUGGGGUCUAGCAUCUUCCUUGAACAGCAUAGAUGAGAAGUGUUGCCCUGUGAAAACAAAAUCAUUGAUACAGAAGCUCGGUCAUAUGUCUGAGAUCAGUCUUUGCAUAAGUGUGUGUGAGGAUUUUAUGAACUUUUGCCUGCGCAAAUUGCUUUUUGAGAAUGGUCAACAGCCUCAGGGCUUAUCUGAUUUGCAUAAUCUUCCCAAAAUAGACCAUCUAACUGGUUCGCUAAUCUUCAAGGAGUCACUCAAUAUAUCUGGAGAUGAGAUCAUGAAUUCAUCUGGCAAACAAGAGGAGAAUUUUCCUGGUAGAAUGGAUGGAUCGGCAUCUGAGACUGAUGAUGACCAUGAAAGUACUAAGAAUUCUGAUGUUAAAAGCUCCAGUUUCCAGGAGGAAGGGUUGCAGAUAGACCAUGCAGAAUGUGCUGUUAGUAUUCUGACUGCAGUUGAUUCAUUUGAGCUAGAGCACUUGAAGAAGUCUUUGGUGUGUGGCUUGUUAAAAGGUGAAAAUCCUGAAGUGGCAUUUUUAGUCAGACAGCUUUUUAUUGCUUCUUCAGCUAUUCUGGGACUAAAAUUGCUCAUUGACUUCAAUCCCUUGUCAUCAACUUUGACUCCCCUUUUUAUUGGUAUUUCACAGUUUGUGCUAUUAGAGUUUGCAGACAUGGUUGAAGUGCCACACUCAUUUUCUUUUGUUUGGUUAGAUGGUAUUCUAAAAUAUCUGGAAGUUUUAGGGAAUAAUUUUUCCAUAACCAAUCCUACUUCAUCUAGAAAUGUGUAUGCAAAGCUUGUAGAUAUACACUUAAGAGCAAUAGGGAGAUGCAUUUCAUUACAGGGCAAAAGGGCUACUCUAGCAUCACAUGAUACAGAAUCAAGUACAAAGACACUGCAAGGUCAAAUGGAACCAUUGGGAUCAUCACUUUGUCACGGGCCAUACAACUUGGACGAAUUUAAAGCUAGGUUAAGGAUGUCAUUCAAAGUUUUGAUCAGGAAGCCUUUGGAGUUGCAUCUAUUGUCAGCUAUGCAGGCUAUAGAGAGAGCAUUGGUUGGGGUGCAGGAGGGGUGCAAUAUGAUCUAUGAAAUACAUACUGGAAGCCAAGAUGGAGGGAAGGUCUCCCCAGUUGUUGCGGCUGGGGUUGACUGCUUGGAUUCGAUUCUUGAAUCUGUUUCAGGGCGCAAGCGCUUGAGUGUGGUUAAAAGACAUAUUCAGAGCUUAGUUGGUGCUCUAUUCAACAUAAUUCUUCACCUGCAGGGUACAUUAAUCUUUUAUAAAAAGGUUACCUCUAACCAUGGACAUGUUAAUCCAGAUCCAGGAUCAGUUAUUCUUAUGUGCAUUGAGGUACUAACGAAGGUUGCUGGAAGACAUGCACUGUUUCAAAUGGAUUCCUCUCAUGUGGCGCAAUGUCUGCACACACCAGCAGCACUUUUUAAAGAUUUCCAUGAGCUUAGAACUUCCCAAGGCUCAGGUGACCAAGAUUCAAGGCAUGUAGCAUGCAUGAGUUCAAACAUUGUAGAUCAGCAAUUCUCAAUAGACCUCUUUUCUGCAUGCUGCAGAUUAGUGUGUGCUGUCCUUAGGCAUCACAAGGGUGAGUCAGAACGGUGUAUCGCUCUGCUUGAAGAUUCAGUUUUUGUUCUCCUUCGUUGUCUGGAGACAGUGGAUACUGAUUUAGUAGCCAGCAAAGGUUAUUUUGCUUGGGAAGUUGAAGAGGGAGUAAAGUGUGCAAGUUUUCUUCGGAGGAUUUAUGAAGAGAUAAGACAGCAAAAGGAUGUCCUUGGACGGUACUCUUUCCUAUUUCUGUCAAAUUACAUAUGGAUUUAUUCAGGAUAUGGACCCUUUAAAACGGGCAUUAGAAGGGAAAUAGAUGAGGCUCUGAGACCGGGUGUUUAUGCUUUAAUAGAUGCAUGCUCUGCCGAUGAUCUUCAACAACUUCACACAGUAUUGGGAGAGGGUCCUUGUAGAAGCACACUGGCAACUUUGCAACAUGAUUACAAACUGAAUUUCCAGUAUGAAGGAAAAGUCUGAUUGGAUUCUUUUUUCUGCCUGGGUCUAAAAAUUAAGAUCAUUUUAUUUGCUGGAGUGUUGCCGGCAAAAUGAGAGUUUGAGGCAAAAAUAUUUUUUCGAUGGCAUCCAUCCCCAAAUCAAGUCAAGAAACCACAAUUUCAGAGUUAUAUUUACUCUUCCCUGUGGUGACUCUGGUGGCAAGUUUCCACAUCUUCAUUUUUCUGGAGGUGAUCCUGCAAGCAUUAAACUUGAGAAUGCAAGCUAUAACAGAUUCGCGACAGAUGAUCUGAUGCGCUUAUGCGCAUGGUAGGGGGUAUGCUCCAGUCCACAUAUGGUUGUUUGCAGCCCCAUUUGAAGCCCUUUCUCAAUCAGGUCUGCAUUUAUCUUUAUUCUUCUUGUUCAGAAGAAACUUUUAACCUUAGGUUCCUCUGUAAUGAGAACCAUCAUCAGAGUCGGGAUCCCCUAGACGGACAGGGUAACCUAAAAACUGUACCUGUGUUCCAGGGUAGAAACUUAAAAUGGGCUCUCCGUUUUAGGCAACAAGGCACCAUAAAUAUGGUGUUCACUAAUGUGUAUGAUUUUGUUAUUCAUAAAAAAAAUGUGUAUGAUUCUGCUUUA